AAACAAAAACACAGCACAAAAGCUCGUCUACCUCCACUCGAACUCUUCUCGGCAAUACUCAGCUUCUUUUCGAUAGUCAUUAUCUUAUUUCUCCUUUCGUCCGAAACCGGCUCGCUGAUAAUUUAAUCAAUACCAUUAGUGUUCCGACUGUUUAGCGUCGAUGCAGCGAAAUUUUAUGUUUACCAGAACUUUUCAUCGUAUUUAGUUUGUUUAAGUUUUCCAAUCAUGGGAAUCACAUCAAAUUUAACAUUAUUGACUGUGCUAAGUGUUUUCGCGGCCUUAUUUUCUGUGAUUUACCAGGCCUACCUGGCGUCGAACGAUCUGAAAAGUCUAACGAAGAUUUUGCAAAAUCUCAAAGUAUUAGAACAUGAGUUCAAGGUUGAUAAGCCGAGGGUUGCCAUAGGAUAUGGAUCGUGCAGUGAUCUCUAUGUGAAAGCUGUAGAUUUUCUAAAUUUCACUAACAGAAUCGAGGAUUUGCUAUCGCAAGAAUCCUUCAACGUAGACGACAUUUCUAGCGAGGACGAUUUUUUGCAGAGUUUUGCGUAUUACUUUCAGCGUGGCGCUGCAGCCGAACGAUUCACGGCCAACAGAGAUUUGUUCCGGAAUUUGGUGCGAUUAGCGAAAAAAUCUCAAACUGCGGAACCUCGAUGGGCUUUGGGUGGAAACGCUCCGGUGAUUGGGUCCAGAUUGGCUGCUGAAGGUGCCGAAGUUGUUUUGGGUGCUAAAAUGUCAUCCAAACUAAAAUCUCACUUAAGACCAGAUGUGCGAUUGACCGGUAGCCUAAUAGACGAUGACGAUAUUCAUCUAAUUUUGGAGUACAAAACAGAUGACGAAUGGGGAACAUUGAAAUCUCCUCGAGCAAAUCGAUACAUACUCCACAACGAUCAUCACAAUCCCUUGAUAAGCUCACUGGAAGAAUUCGAGCAAGCACUGCCAGGAUUUGACCCACACCUAUUCGUAGUCAGUGGUCUACAGAUGAUGGACAACUACCUUUACGAAAAGGGAGUUCGUGAGGCUAGGAUUGAAAAAGUUCGCAACCAGUUGAGGACACAAUCCUCGGAAACGUUGAUCCACUUUGAAAUGGCCAGCUUCGUGGAGCUGGAACUGAUUCAGCUUUUGUUGAAAGAUGUAAUGCCAUAUUCUGACUCCAUUGGCAUGAACGAGCAGGAAUUGGACAACUUAAGGCAAGUUUUAGAAUCUGGCAAGAUCUCAUUAGUUGCUGACUGCAAUCCUCGCGUUGCUUUAUCGCUCGACCAAGCAAGAGCCGUAUUCAGAAUGCUCAACGAAGACUACUUCAAACAUCGAUCCAGUGACCCUAAGCGGCGCAUGAUUUCUCGCAUUCAUUUGCACACUUUGGCCUACCAGGCAAUUCUCGUAGUAAAAAAUAACAGGUGGAAAAACACUAAAAAUGCAGCUGCAAAAGCUUCUCUCACGGCACACCGCCAUGUAUGCGCCAGCACAAUAGUAAAUCCAGACGCUGCAUAUAGAUUGCUCGAUGAUAGUUUUGCAACUUCAACGCGGGAAGGAGCUGAUCGCAUUCCCUUUUCCGAUACGGAUCCAGUCUCUUGCUGGGAUGAAACGUUCACAUUCACUGGAGAACCACCAGUUGAGGUGCAAAUCUGUGUUGCACCUGUGCUGAUUUGCAAGAUUGCUAAACAAACGGCUGGAGCAGGAGAUAACAUUUCUGGGGCAGGGCUGAUACUACAAAUUUAAGAAUGAAGCAGCUACCGUUGUUUUCAAGACUAUAAAUGGGUAACUAAUAUUUUUAGAACUGAUUUUCAAUCUUUUUAACAUUUCCUAUGUAAUUCAACAGCUGAACAUUCCUAAUUACAUUCCACAGUAAUAAAAGACCUGUUGAUUCACAAAA